AAAAGACCCAAUUUACAGGAUGAAUUAGCGGGUCCUCAAACUUCAGAAUCUAUAACCGCUGCAGCAAUAUCUCCCAGAAUGACUACUAAAGCUUUCUUUAUUCGCACUUGUGCUAAUACUUAUGCUGUUUCUCCUGCAGAAACGUCAACUGAUGAUUUCGCAAACACCAAUAACAAAUCAUCUGAUGCAUCCAAUGUUCUUUACAAUCAGGAGCCAAUAAGCCCAGGAGGUUUUGCGGAACUUGAUGCAUAUUCGAAAAAUGUGGAAACCUCCGUGAGGGAAAAGCCUUCGACGCCUAGGAGACUCACCAGUCGACGUGAAACGUCGAAUGUUGUCAAAGAAGAAAAGAUCAUCGACGAAAAGGAAGGAGGAAAUCAAACUGCGGAAGCCACACCAAUGAGCAAAUUACGUUCAAAUUCAAGGAAAACUGCCCCCGCAACUUCUGUGGAUGAUUCGCCUUGGAAUUUGGGGAUGCUUGUUUAUGCUAAGUGGUGGAAUAGCAACAAAUUCUACGCUGGAAGGAUUGCCAAGUCACUGGGAAACGGAAAAUUUCAGAUCGAAUUUGAAGAUAAUUCGGUUGCUGAAGUGACUGCUCGAAAUGUGAUUCUUGCUGAGCUCCUUCCCGUGGAAACUGAGGUAUUAGUGGACAUCAACGGAACCAGCGACUUCGAACCCGGCUAUGUUGUAACAGGGCACGCAGUCGACGCCGCCCCACCUUCCUACAUUAUCAAGAAAAUCGAGAGUGGUGAAGUUAAUCAGGUGCCUCGUUCCCUAGUGGCAAUACACCUAGCGAAGUUAAAGAAACUACUUGCCAACGAACAAGUAUUCAGUAUCAUCAAAUGGCCAUCUCUAGGCGAUCGCACAAGGCAAGUAUCUGCCGCAGCCAAGGGCGCUCGAAGGACAAAGAGAGCAAACAAAAGAAAAACAAAUUCACGUGAAAGGUUAAGGGAGGAAGCCUCUACUGCAUUGCCGACGAAAACCAUGAAGAGAUCCGUUACUAUGUGCUCUAAGAAGCGGACUUCAAAGCAUCAAACUCAAAGGAACACUCUUCGAUCAGGAUCUAUUAAGCGAGAAGAUAGCCAGAUGUGGCUAACUGGCCGACGCAUAGUUACAAGGGCUUCGCGCGCAUCGAUUCUCUUGGAGAGGAGACGUGUUUCUCUCGCCUCUCCCACUCUCGAAAAGCGUCGAAAAAUUUCCAAGACAAUUACCACUCCAGAAGAGUCGAUCUCGGCUUCAGCAUCGCCGCCAAAAAUCCAAGUCAAUGCUGGGGGAGGGCUAAGCAAUUCUCGAUUCUCACUUGAAAGCGUCGAGGAUUCUUCCGUGGUUGGCCUGGGCGUGGAAACCUUCAGGGGCAUGUGUCAAAGGUAUAAUAUCCCAACGCCACCACCUGAUCUCUUUUCCAACUGGGCAUUCGCCAUGACAAGCGGUGUUAAUUCCGCUCAUUCGAAUCCCUUCUACCUUGAUUCCAUUGACCCUAUUGCAAAAGACCAGUUGCUCAUCUCGCAGAACGCCUUUUUCUUGCAAAUGUUGAUAUCGGCAGGUGGAGGUCGUAAUAUCGGUGAAGACUGGGGCGAAAUCUCGCCAAAUGGUUGUCUGGUGGAAAAAGAUUCUACAACUGGACGUCACGUUGCACUAAUAGCUCCAGCAGCCUGCCGGAAUGUGAGGUACCUUCAAGCUCUGGCCACUCUCGGACGUGUGCCUCAGGUCCACCGGGUAUGGAUUCUUGAUGCCUGUCUCAUUUCCUCGGGGAGAUCGCCAAUUGUCACGCCUUCCGAGGUUGUCACAAAGAUAUCCAAAAUGAACCUUAAAACAUCGGAUCUACCAAUGGCCCUUCUCCGACAUUCUUUCCGUGGGCUCUUUGAGCUACCAAGAGGCUUUGACAAGAUUAGCAAUACCCUAGUGCCUCCCACAAUAUUCUCACAGAUCUUCGCACAAACAGAAACUUUAUCUCCACCGAAAACCCUAUUGGAAUUGGGAGGCUUCAAAUUUGCUAAUAUAGUUGCCAUAAUCACCAAUGACUCGACUAAAUUUGGUAAUGGGUGGCUGUCUAUUCUUCGUUACACCCUGUUCAAUAAAAAGUCUACCGAAUUGCCCGUCAUUCUAUCACCGACUGAAAGUUUAAAUGAGCUUCAAAAAUUGAAGGCUUCGCCAGCCUCAUCCAUCCUCGGGUAUGAUUUGAAGAUUGUCUUGGCUGAUCAAGAUAGAAUCCCGGGGCCAACAAUAGCUGAGAUACAAAGCAUGGGCUUUGUUGUGGUGAACAAAGAAUUUAUGAUUCAAUCCCUAAUUAAUGGAAAGAUGCUUAAUCUGAAAUACGCAACCGCCUGGCGUAACCAGUAA